GCGCCCGGGAGCUCGGCCUGCGCCGCGGCGCCAGAGGACCGCCAGGCCGGAGCGCCGGAGCUGGCCUUCUGGGGCGGGGCGGGAGACGCGCGCGCGAAAGCCCGCCCGGCCGGGGCCCCGGGCGCUCUCAGAGGCGGGCCGCGCUCCCGGCCCGCCCGAAGCCCAUGCCCGGCGGCUGGCCCGUGCUGCGGCUGGAGGGGGGGCCGGCUCUGCAUGGCCCCGGCUGUUGACAUGACUUCUUUGCCACUCGGUGUCAAAGUGGAGGACUCCGCCUUCGGCAAGCCAGCGGGGGGAGGCGGGGGCCAGGCCUCCAGCACCACCGCAGCCACGGCGGCCGCCAUGGGCGCAGACGAGGAGGGGGCUAAGCCCAAAGUGCCCCCUUCACUCCUGCCCUUCAGCGUGGAGGCGCUCAUGGCCGACCACAGGAAGCCUGGGGCUAAGGAGAGCGCCCUGGCAGCUUCCGAGGGCACACAGGCGGCGGGCGGCUCCGCGCAGCCCCUGGGCGCCCGGCCGGUGUCGUUGGGAGCCCCAGACGCGCCGUCCUCGCCGCGGCAGCUGGGCCAUUUCUCGGUGGGAGGACUCCUCAAGCUGCCAGAAGAUGCCCUCGUCAAAGCCGAGAGCCCCGAGAAGCCCGAAAGGACCCCGUGGAUGCAGAACCCCCGCUUCUCCCCGCCCCCGGCCAGGCGGCUGAGCCCCCCGGCCUGCACGCUGCGAAAGCAUAAGACCAACCGCAAGCCCAGGACGCCCUUCACCACCGCGCAGCUGCUGGCGCUCGAGCGCAAGUUCCGCCAGAAGCAGUACUUGUCCAUCGCCGAGCGCGCCGAGUUCUCCAGCUCGCUCAGCCUCACCGAGACGCAGGUGAAGAUCUGGUUCCAGAACCGCCGCGCCAAGGCCAAGAGACUACAGGAGGCAGAGCUGGAAAAGCUGAAGAUGGCCGCCAAGCCCAUGCUGCCGCCGGCCGCCUUCGGCCUCUCCUUCCCGCUCGGCGGCCCCGCGGCCGUAGCGGCCGCAGCGGGCGCCUCGCUCUACGGCGCCUCUGGCCCCUUCCAGCGCGCGGCGCUGCCCGUGGCACCCGUGGGACUCUACACAGCCCAUGUAGGCUACAGCAUGUACCACCUGACAUAGAGGGGCCCGGGGCCGCCUGCCUGUGGUGCCAGCUGAUUCCUCCAGCCCGGGUCUUCAGCAAGCGGCAGGAGCUGCCCCCCAACCCGCUCCCCUGUUCCGCACCGCCUGGCUCCUGCCCUUUAACCCCACACUGCUCUGGUUUCUGCUCGGUUGCUUCCUGAGUUCACUCGCUCUCCGAAGUCUGAUCCCCUCCCCAAAAGUGGCUGGAAAAGUCCCUUAACACUCCUCUAGAAUCUAGAUGUACCCCCUCCUGUUACAGAUGGGGAAACUGAGGCCAGAGAGGUUAAGAUUAUCCAGGGUCCCCAGCAGAGUUACUGGUUGGACCAGGACUACAGGCCACAUCUCCUGCAUCGCUGCCUCUUCUCCUGACACCAGGCAGGAAAAGCACAGGGAAAUUCAUGCCGGAAGAUUUUGGAGAUGAGAACAGUGGGAGAGAGAGAGAAGAGCAUGCCAGGAGAUGGGACCCUCCAGGUCCUUCUGUCGGAAAACUUAAGAGAACUUCCAUAGCAAAAUAGUUGCUUGGGGGGGUGAAGGUACACAGAUGUAUUUCAAAGGUAGGUUGAAGAGACCUCUCUCUUACCAGUACCAGAAAAAAAUUGUAAAAAUUUAAAAAUUCUGUUUCUAUUUAACAGUACAUUUGUGUGGCUCUCAAGAAUCCCUUUGGAAGGGAUUGUGUGUAAUAUACUGUAUAUUUGAAAUUUUAUUAUCAUUUAUAUUAUAGCUAUAUUUGUUAAAUAAAUUAAUUUUAAGCUACAAGAAA